AUGGCGGAACGGCAGAGCAAGUGGGACAGGCCGACAACAGAGUCCAAUGCAGCAUCUCAUGGUACUGUCGCACGUUCCAAUGAUAUUCGACCAGCUGCUAAGAUGGCUGCUGCUGCUGCUGCUCGCAUCGCCGCUCAAUUUGCCAAGCCAGACCCGGCCGCGCCAGGCGCGCUCGUACGCCACCCUGACCUAGAUGAAGACGCGCCAGAUGGUGCCUUCACACACGACAUUGAAAUCAAUGAUCACAGGAAUAGAUAUCUAUUGACGAAAGGCCAGACACAGGAAGAUUUGCGGCAAGAAACUGGUGCACGUGUAUACACACGAGGUACAUGGUACCCAGACCGUACCAUGAUACGGCCCAAUGAGCCGCCCUUGUACUUGCACAUCACUGCUGACUCGCGUGAGAGCUUGAAUCGUUGUAUUGCGCGGAUCAAUAAUCUGAUGGUCCAGGACCUGCCUCCGCUCCUUGACGAUCGCCUGCAUCGCAACGAUCCUCGCGCAUCCAACGAGGAAAUAGUGCCCAUCAAUUUGGAACCACUCCGCAAUUUUAAUGUGCGUGCCAAAAUUGUCGGUCCCUCCGGUCUGUUUGUCAAGUAUAUACAGCAUGAGACGCGCGUGCGCGUGCAGAUCAAGGGCCGAGGAUCAGGUUACUUGGAGGGUGAUACUGGUCGAGAGCUUCAAGAAACCAUGCAUAUCCAUCUUUCAGGCCCAGAGUCGUUGCAAGUACGACGUGCAAAAGAGAUGGCACUUGACUUGGUGGAUGCGGUAACAGAGGAAUGGAAAAAGGCGCGCACUGCGAUGGGUGCUCACGAUGCCUCCAAGUCAGAGACAGAAGCACCGCCUGAGCCAACGUACGAUGAUGUGCCUCCGCCACCUCCAAGUGACCCAGCGCCCCCACCACCCCCAGAAAGUGCCGAAGUGCCUCCCCCACCUGAAGAUGACGUGCCGCCUCCGCCGCCUACCGAUGAGCCACCGGCCGAUCCCGAGCCACCUGCACCGGAGGCUGAGGCAAAUACAGCUACUCUGGACGAGGAAGAAGAGGCCGCCUUGCAGCAGUAUUGGCGCGACUACGUCAAGUGGGAACAGAGUUUCGUAAACUACCAUGGUCGCCGACCCACGAAAGAAGAAGGUGGUCAAGACGUACCGCCCGAGCACCGUGCUUAG